AUGUCAGAAGUGUCAAAGGAGGCAUUUGAAAAAUCAUUUGACGUUAUGAAUGAAAAACUGAGGCAAAGAGAUGAUGCAGAUAAAUACCCAUUAGCUAUUUAUCAACCUGUGGCUUUUUCAGAAGAAAUGCUUCAUUAGAGGGAAAUUUCCAAAUAUGAUUCCUGGACUGCUGAAAAAUUAAGAGACACUGCAGUAAAGGUUUUAAAGGAGUAUCUUGUAGAGGCCCCACACUGCUACAAGACAUGCCCAAAUGUUUGUUUCUACCUGGAAAAAAUUUAUCUGCUAGAAAGAAACAUGGAUGAAUUCAGGAAGUAUUUUGAACUGGGACAAGAUGCUGAAGAAAAUAGACUUCCUCUCUUAGAAAAUGUUGACCUGCCAUUAAAGGAUACAAUGGCACCUUUCUACCAACUUUUUGCUAAUGUGGAAAUAAAAGCAAUGUGUAGAAACAGGGCAUGCACCAAAAAUGUCAAAGAGAGUGACUUGAAAUCUUGCGGUCAGUGUGGUAUGCAAAAAUACUGCAGC